GCUCGAGGAACCCACGCCACCAAGGGAAGGUUUUCAUUUGUAGAGCCGACGAGAACCUAAUCAACAGGAAGCAACCCAGAUGGCCUUAGCCCGACACACGAUGCCUGCCUGACCAGCUCCUGAUCUUUGGGUUCGGUUGUCUUUGCCGCGAGUUGACAUCUUCAAAGCAUUGAUAGAAUCAUCUCCAUCGAAAAAGAUCCACCAUGACGGGAAGUUGCAAGCUAGCCUUUUGGCUCUUCUUUGGAAUAAGCGCCGCGGCUUUCAGCCCCAAGUCGCAUGUUCCUUUGAACCUCCUCAAGACGACGACGAGCCUGAAACAACAAAAACGACAAGAAGCAAGUCACCAUUACCCCCACAAAGAUUUUCAUCGAGCCAUUGAGCUGGCGGAGGAUCCCGAUGUUGUGGAUAUUGAUGAAAUGCUGCGCCUGGCCGACGAAUUGGAAAAGUACGACGAGUGCUUCUUUGAAAACGGCGAUGAGGCUGCCUGUGAAAAGGAAAAGAUGGACCGCGAGGAUCUUGCCGGGCUGCUUCGGCUGCAGACAGAAGUGUUGCUUCGAGAAGACUACUUGGAAAAGGCCAAUCUGUUCAAGCAUGACGUGGAACAAGCCCGCUUCGAAGAAACAUGGAACGACCACCAGCAGACCAUGGAUAUGUACUCCAACUAUUGAAGAAAGAAAUCUUUGCUGAGUGCAUUGCUUGACCUGAACUGGACUUGAUUGAUUGGCUGAUUAUUGGUGAAGCUGUGUCAAGGCGAGAAGACCCGCUGCACAAUCAUCAAUCAUCUACCAUGUUUGUCCUUGCUAGCAACAUAACGGUACGUGGACAAUGAAAGGCAGACGCAAACAUGGAGCUGCAAAGAGAAAUCUACGACGCUACACUCCCUCAAAUACACAUAUAUUCAAGACCUAUCUAAUCCAUUCAUCUUAUGAUUUC